UAUCUGCGGCGCUCCUCGAAAUGUCUAUCGACUGAGAACGACAAAACAGAUAAAAUUAACACAAUAAGCUCAAAGUAUAAUGUGCAUUGAAUAAGGGAUGACUUAGGAACUUCACUUGUUAACUAGGCACCAUGGAUCCUCAGUCAAUCGCGAUAGGUUUAGCGGUCUGUGUUUUAUCAGCCAUAAUUAUUUACCUCAUAACAGCUUUCACAAUGAAAGAAAAAACAUUUGAUGAAGUUUUAGAAGAACAGAGAAGACGUCAAGAAGAAGAGAAACCCAAAUCCAAGAAGAAAAAUAAUACAGAUGUCUCAAAAAAGAAAGUGAAAAAGGAGGCAGUGGUUGUCAAAGAAAAGGGUAAAAAGGCAGAGGUCCAAGCAAAGAAGGAAACAAAGAUGGUAAAUUUAGAGAUUGACCCAGAAAUAAUUCAGUUAGAGGAAUCAGUGGUUGUUCAUGCCAAAAAAUCAAAGAAGACUAAAAGUCAGAAACCAAUUUUGGUCAAUAAAAAUGAGCAUUCAUUGAUUACAGAAAAAACUGCAGAGGUUUACCACAAGGAGCAGUUUGCACCGAAAGAUGAGAUUGCAUUAAAGCAUAAACAUGAAGAAGAAAAACCUGUGGAGGAUGCUAGCAUCUUUAAAGUUAAGAAAAAGACAGAAACCAAGAAAGAACGGGGCACAAAAAUUGAGACAAUUGAAGUUGAAGUUGAAAAAGCAGUAAAAAGUGAAAAGAAAACAGAAUUGAAUAAAGAAAAACCAAGAGGAAAGACAUCAGAUAAAAUAAAGAACUCACAAGAAACAACUAGCUGUUCACCACUGAUUAACUCUGUAAAGAAUGCCACAUUAAAUGAUGUUGAUAUACAGAGUUUAAUUGAUAUUUUAUUAAACAAACAAGGUGGAUCAAUUGAUGUCAACUCAGAAUGGAACAAGAAAAGCCAGAAAGGACAAAAAGGUGAUGGUUUAUCCCUUCUUAAACAACAGCUUGAAGAUAAAGAGAGAGCUCUACAACAAGAACAACAAUUGGCUAUGUCAUCAAAUAAUAAAGUAAAAGAAAUCCGUCAAGAUUUAAAUGCAGAAAAAGCUAAAUAUGCAGCACUGGAAAAAGCUUACAAGGAAAAACUUGAUGUUCAGAAUAAUGAAAUGACUGCUCUACAUGCUCGACUUGCUCAUAUUCACGAAAAACAUGCUUCUGAACUUAACAAUCUACAGGUUCGACUUCGACAAUCAGAAUCUAGUACAGAUAGAAAUAUGCAAAAAUUAACUGAGGAGAAUAAAAUACUUCAAGAUACCUUAAGUAAUCUUACAAAAACAAAAACUGAUACUGUAUCUCAAGCUGAAUUUAGCAGUAUAAGACAGAAGGCCAAUAUUAUGGAGAAAGAACUAAACAGUAAUGCAGUCAAACUAACUGCAAGUGAAAAUAACCGUAAAAUACAGGAAAGUAAAAUUGCUAAAUAUGAAGAACAGAUCCGACAAUUUGAAUCUGGCCAUAAAGAUACAGAAGCUAUUAUGAAUAAGAAAAUGGACGAAGUGAACAAAGAAUUAAGAAGAGCUGACCAAAAAAAUACUACACUGAAUAAUGAUUUGAAAAAAGCUUCUGCUGAUUUACAAAAAGCUAAUGGAGCUUUGAAAUCUGCCGAGAAUGAGUGUUCAUCAUUGAAAAAGCAGCUCCAGGAAUUGAACACACAUUUAUCUGCUGCCGACGUCACAAAAGAAUUGGAGGGAAAAUUACAGCAAGCCAACCGAAAAUCAAGUGAAUUGGAGGGAAAUGUUAAAAAUCUGGAAAAACAAUUAUCUGAUUCAAAUCAGAGAUAUUCAGAACUCAAGAAAGAAAUCGAGGUUAUGCGACAUGAAAAUAUGGCUUUAGCUGAGGAAAUGAAGACAACUAAAGAACGUCAAGCUGGCGAGGGACAGGAAGCUGCACCUAAUGCACCAUCUGGAGCCCCCAAUGGUGAUAUUCAUAAUGAACACACUGUAGAUAAAAAUCUUAUAAAAUUGGAAGAACAUGAAAGCAUUCUUGCAGAAAAAGUGAAAGAAUUAACACGAUUAACAGCAGAACUAGCUAAUCAGAAAUCAGAAGUUGGUAAUUUACAAGAACAAUUAGAGACCCAGAAAAAGAAAAAUAAUGAACUUCGUGAAAAGAAUUGGAAAGCCAUGGAAGCUUUAGAAAAAACUGAGAAAUCAGUGGUUGAAAAAGUUGAAAGCGCUGUUAAAAAUUCCAGGGAGAAGGCCAGUAAUUUAUCAAGAGAAGUAGAAUCUUUAGAUAAAGGGGUAUUACAAAGGUUGUUCCCGUCUAUAUCUGUAAAUGAGAAAUUGGGGCAUAAAGAAUGGAUGACCUCAUUCGAAAAACAAGCUAACACUUAUGUGGUCAAUCUCUCUCAACAAUCUUCCAGUAGUGCUAAUAAAGAUAAUAGAAUAAAACAGUUAGAAGAUACUAACAAUAAAUUAUCAACACAAACACGAGAUUUACAGAAGAUAAUAGAUGAUACAGAAAAUAAAUUAAAACAGUUACAGAAAAGUGUAGAUUCAGAAGAAAAGAAGUGGAAAGAAAAAUUAGAAAAAGCUUUAUCUUCAAAGAGUACAGAAUCUGAUAGUCAAGUUAAAGAUUUAGAAGCUCAAGUAACACAGUACAGAAAUGUUUUAUCUUCUACAGAAGACAAAUUAUUACAAUUGUCAGAGAAAGUAGAAAGUGAAGAAAAAUCAUGGAAGGCUACUUUACAGUCUACACAGACAGAAUUAGAAAAUACAAAGAAAGAAUUAUCUAAACUAAAAGAUGAAAUGAGAAAACAAAAAGGAAGUACAGAGGAGUUGAAUGAUUUGGAUUUUGCUUACCGUUGUGUUGAGAAAAGUUUGCCUGGUAUAAUAGAUGAGAUGGAAACCAAAGUAGUAGUUUUAGAAAGUGAAUUGAAGACUUCUGAAUCUGAAAGAAAUUUGUUACAAAUAGAAGUAAAAGAAGCUAAAUCUCAAGUGUUAAGUUUAGAAAAACAAAUAGAAACCUCCAGUCAAAUAUCAAUUGAAAAUGAAGAGUAUAAAAGGUUAUAUGAAUCAGAGAAAAAGAAAACGAAAGAUUUAUCGACUAAUGUAGUUAAGUUAACUGGCAUAAUUAAAACUGGUCAAGAUGCUUUGUCACAGGAACAAAAAUUGGUUAAACAAUUGCAGGAUGAACUUGAAGAUCAGAAAAAAGGUUCAACUGAUGGAAAAUCUAUAUCUACAUUACGCAGUCAACUAGCUUCUAAAGACAAGCAACUUGAACGUGAAAUAUCAUCAAAUAAACAUCUAACUCAAAAAUUGGCCCAACUGGGUGUAAUGGCUGCUUCACCGGCAAAUGAUAGUGGAACCUCCGUGUAAACAAGAAGAAAGAUAGCCAUGAUAGAGAAGAGGACCAGGUUAUGCCAUGACAGACAUUUUGCCUGCUACCAUGUUGACUGAUGCUCAUAUAUAGAUUCAUAUAAUUGUCAUAAAUUUCAUUAUAUCCAUUCUUAUUCAGUUACAGUCUGUAACUUAAAAAAUUCUGAAAUGAAUUAAAUCUUAGAAAAUGAUCAAUGGGUUGUGCAUGUGCAUGUUAUUAUUAAAAUGAAAUUAUAUUACUAUCUCUCCAAUAAUAAGGAUUCAUUUAUCACAUUUUCACUAAGGCAGUUAACAAAGAAACUGGCAUUUUCUUGCUAUUUUGCUCUAAGAUCUGAUGUACUACAUGUAUUUAAUUAUCUAUAAAAUAAUAUGAAACCAUUUCUAGUGCAUGCUGAAAUCCAUUCAUCCGGUGAUACUUAAUACUACAAACAUAAUAAUAAACUACACUAGCCAUUGUAAACUAUGGGCACAGAUCAUCACAAAGAGAGAUAACUGAUUGAUAUACCUUUGAAUAAUCUAGUGACGUUUUUGAUAUUAAUAAAUUAUAUAUUUAAUGCACUGAUUCACUAAUAAGACGCAAGAUCAGCUUUGAAAUCUGAAGUCACACAGGAAGAUAAUUCACAAAAGCACAUGUCUCACUGUUUACUUGUGAUAGAAUUUAUGUAGUGUUUUUCACACAAGUUCCCAUGUAAAAGGCAGGCCAAAUAAACUUAACUGUUUCAGGAACAUGUAGAAAUAUAUAAGAAAUGAAACAAUAUAGAGGCAGACAAUCUGUUUUAAUAUAUUUUAUACCUAUAUAUUGUAUAAUUUAUAAAUGUUAUCUACUGCUGGUGUUAAAAACAUGGUCAUGUGAUAGAUUAGAAUUAAAAUCAAGCAGCAUUCUAGUAGAGGAAUGUAAAAUUAAUGUGAGAAUAAAUUAAGAAAUGCGAGAUCAAUAUGCCACAACACUUUAAAAUCUGUAUAUUUUUGGCUUACCUAAAAUAUUACAGGUCAAAUUUAAGAUCAAGUAUAAAAGCUUAAUUAAUAAAAAAACUUGUAGAUAAUUGCUGAAUGUCAAUUCUUUGAUUAUAUUUUAUUAAUAUUUACAAUCAUAAAAUGUUAAAAUUGCUAAAAUAUAAAUUUAUCCGUGGACCAUAUAUUAUAAGGUCAGUGGUUUAUCUAAUAUGAGAUAAUUUGAUAUGGUCCUUUUACUUCUAUAGGUAUAUAUAAUACAGCUUUUUGUUGAUUAUUUUUUUCUUCAUGAGAAUCGAACAAUUAAUAUUUAAAAAUAAAUGUUUACAGCUAUUUUAAUAGGUUAUCUAUUUGUGAAAAAUGUCUACUUAAGAUCCAUAUUCAAUUGCUUAAAUUUUGGUUUUUAAAGCUUAAUUUGCAUAAUUAUAAUAUUCAGAUAGAUAAGUUGAGUAUAUUUUGAUAGAAUUACACUGAGAUUUAUUCAAUUGUCACAAAGAAAAAUGGAUGAUGUGAUAUUUGCCAUAUUGUUUAUUGAAAGAAAACUGUUAGUUAUUGCUUGUUUUUGUUAGAAAUGACUUUGUUUAGUUCUUUAUGGUUGAGGUUUGAUUUAAGGACAACAGGGUUUAUUAGAAUCUGAUAUUCAGUGUUUUAUACUGUAUGAACAGUUUAAGGCCAAACCUAGUAAAUAUUGAAUAUAAAUGUAGAAUUCCCUGUGCAUAAUGUUAGCCUUAUAUUCAUAACAGACUAUCAUUUAUUUAUUACAGGAGGUAAACUAAGUGUUAGUACCUCACAUGGUUCAAAGAAAAUUGAGAUGAGAAAAUAAUUGUAAUGAUUUUUCUUUAUUUGUGAUUUGUAAAGAUUACUUUAUAAUGUGCAAUACCAAACUAUUAGAGAUAUUUAUUAGAUAUUUUAUGAAUCUAAUAAAAUACUAUAAAUUUGUGAUAAGAGAGACCAAAUAAUAGAAAAAUUUACCUCACACUUAGUGACUAGUUAUUUGAACACAUGAAAUAAAGUACCUAAUUUCUGAUUAAAUGCUUAGCUUUAGUAUAUUUAUGGAAUGACUUUAUUGAUAAAUUACUCCAACAUGUAUAGUCAAAAGAGAUUAAUAUAGGAACAGUCAGUCUCAGCUUUCAAAUUAGAAGAGAAUGUUAAUGUAUAUGUAUGCUUCAGAAUACAAAAUUUGUUCAAAAUUUAAUUUUGACAAUUUUUGGAAUUUUGGAAUUAUAACCUCUUGUCCAAGCCUGUGACAAAUUUUAUAUUGCUUGAUGUACUUGAACUAAAACAAAAUUUCUUAAGUGGCGAUUCAACAAGAUAAGAAUGGAGCCAUAAUUCAAUCCCUAAAAUGAUAUAAAUGGUCUAUAGGUGUAUGAUAACUUUAGUAGAAUGUAAAAAUAAGUAUGUUUUCUUUUCAUCCAAAUGAUGUCCACCAAAGAAUGACAGGGCUUUCUUCGCUUGAAUAUCUAGGAAAGUUUUGUAGUUGAGCAGUUCACUUAUAUCAUAGUGUUCAAGUAUCAUGUCACCUCAAAGUUCAUAUCCGCAUGAUAUUGUGUUCAUUUGUAACAUCACACAAACUGCAAACCUUAAUGCUGUUAACUGUAAGUGCUAAAGAUGUACUGUACUAGUGUUUUGUCUUGGUGGAAUUGGAAAUGGUGAUAAUUUAUAAUGAAGUAUAAUAUAUCUGUUGAUGGAAUUGUUAGACAUUAUAAUGAUUGUUAUAUUGUAGAAUAAUGUUUAUUUGUAUAUAAUCUGUAGUAGAUAGGUAUAUUUAUGGUGGUCAUUUGUACAGAACAGGAAUUGUAAGGACUGAACAACUCGAGUUAUCAUGGGACCAGUCUAUGUACAAUCUGUGGGAUUACAUAACACUUUAUAACUUGAGAUCUAUCAUAAGCUCUUGCAUUAUAAUUCACUUCUAAGAUGAGUACUAAAGUAAAUAUUAAUGAGUUUUCAGACGAAAUUGAAUUCAGUCUUUACAGUUCCUACUACCAGAAAUGCAUGUGAUAUCUAUUAAAUGCAAAAUACAAUUCUAAUAUAAUGCCUAAUGGUUAUAUAUCUAGCUUGUAGCGUAGCAAGUGCUAUAAGUAUCUAUUUAAUACCCCACCCCAUUUAGUUUUAGUUUUUGGUUGUUUUACUUACUAGUCAUUAUUUUUAAAUACAAAUUAAUUAUAUGAAUUUAUCUCUUUAUUGAGUUUUUUUUUUCUUUUUCAAAUGAUAAUAUAUAAUAUAUAAUUGUAAAAAAAAAAUUGUUACUGAAAUGUUGUAUUUAAACAGCUUGCCAAGUACUCCAAAUAUUUUAAUAAAAUUUAACAAAAAUCUUUAUUUCUCUACUCAUCUCUUUUCUUUAAUCCACCUAUUAAUUUUAUUGAAUGAAUUGAAUGUAGAUUUAUUUCUCUUUGUCUUUAAGAUUUUGAGUCUUGUAAAUGAGCAUUAGAAUAUACCAUCAGUGUAAUCUGUCAUAUUAAAAUAAGCAUUCUAAACACUCUGACAAUAAUAAAGUUAUGGCUCAGCAGUAAAAAAA